GUUUCUUUCUGGAAGAAGGAAACAAUAUGGCGGAACGUAGAGAAAAAGGAAGUUUCCGUCAGCUUUCUGAGUCCUCUGCAGGCUAGGCUGCCGAGCGGGGAGCCUCAUGGUUACGGAAAUAAUAUAGGUAGAACUCUAUACUUAUGAGAAAAGAGACUUGAUUAUGUUUUGUUGGGGGAAAAUCGCUGAAGGACAGCCUGGAUUAGGGGAAACGGAAGACGAGCCAGUCUUGACACCGCGAAAUGUCGAUGUCAGUUUUGGCUCGCUAUCAGAAGUUAAAGACAUUGCAUGUGGCUGGGAGCACACAGCUGUUUUAAAAAACGACGGUGUUGUUUACACCUGUGGUAACAGAGAAAAUGGACAACUUGGACAUCACAGAGAAGGAAAUAAGUUAGGUUAGAAUACAAUGUAAUUUCUUCAAGUACGUUGUUUACUGUGCAGGGGACGUUUCAGUGUUUAAUUAGAAUAUUUACAGCGCAGUGACAAAUUUUGAUUUUUUGAAGUAUUGCGUAAUUAGCUUAAGUGAUAAUUUGAACAGCAAAUAACUAGAAAUUAGUGUACACUGCUACCCAACAGAAAAACGGACAAUUAUUGUUUUAAUACAUUGAUCAAAUAUUUUUACACGUAGGUACUUGCAGAAAUUGGUUAUGACGAUUAGAAUGGUCAGUAAAUUUUUACUAAACGUACGUGCAGGAUAUUAAACGCUUAACCCGUCAGUUCAACAAGUCCUAACAGUGAUAAGUAUCAGUUUUCUUCUUAAAAUUCAUAACAUUUUCAGAAACAGAAAAGAUUAUAUUCGAGAAUUAUCAAAAGAUCAACUAGGGGAAAAUGUUUUGAUCUUUUAUAAAAUUCUCUUAAUUAAUUCAUUAAAAGAAAAAUGUAUGGAUAUCAGUUUGGAGAAUAUGUGUACAGUCGAUUUUAGGUCCUGAGGGAAACAUUUAGUUUUGUUUCCUGACUCUAACUUCAAUGUUAAAAACAUUAUUUUGGGGGAAAAAAACUUAACUAGUUUGUAGCCAGGGACCAGUAAUUAAGUGAUUUGUUUUGUAAGUUGUAAAUGCUUGAAUAGGCAGUCUAGCCUUUAAGUACAAGUCCUGCUAUAAUCUCAGCUCCAACUUGGGUAUUUUAUUACAGCCAACCAAAGGUAAGAUGCUAGAAAAACUGGGCAAGCGUGCCUUACAGGCGGCAGCACCACAUUUAUGGAACGAGCUGCCUUUACAACUUCUAAAUAUGAAUCCUCUGGAAAUUUUAAGAACUCAACCAAGACAUUCCUUUUUAGACAGUGUUUUUGAGAAGUGAAUUUUAAUUUGUAAUAUAUCAUCAUGUGAUUUUAAUACUAGUUAUGAGUUAUUAUAUUAUUAGGCACGUGUUUUUGUUUUUUUAUUAUCAACUUUACGGUUGACUAUUAUCAUAUUUCAUAGAUAUUUGAACAAUAAUUUUGUAAAGUACUACUGAUUAUGUAAAUAGCACCAUAGAAAUAAUAAAUUAUUUUUAAUUAUUGUUUAUAUAUCAUUCUCCAGUGAUUUUUUUCACACUUGUUUAUUGAACACAAAUUUAUUGUUUAAUUUUGUUCCACAGCUCGGGUUGAUUCCCUUGAGACUUGGACCAUUAAACAAGUAGCUUGUGGGCAGAUGCACACUUUAGCUGUCACUAACAAAGGACUUGUCUUUGCUUGGGGUGACAACACCAAAGGACAGCUUGGUCUUGGAAGUUCAGAUACCACCUCUCAUAAACAUCCAAGGUGCGUUGUGAAUCAUUUUUUUUGUUCAUUUGCUUGUAGUUUUUCAGGACCCUUGCUUCCUUUUGAACCUUAGCAAAGCAAUUAAAAUAUCUGGAGGAAGUGGGGGUUGUGAGGAGUUGGGUUUGUGAGAAGAAAGAAUCUCCCCUGCCCUGCCCUAACCUGCCUAGCAGUUACAUUUUUGUUAGCAAUUAAUUUAAACAAUCAAAUUGGGAUCAUAAUAAUCUCAUUGUUCACUCACCUGAGGAAGAGAUAUCACUUUUUACUUUACUUAUGUUCAACAUAUAUUUAAUUGCCCAGGGUGCAUUAUUAUAUUGCGUCGCUCAAGAUAUGCCAAUAUACAGUGCUACCCAACAGUAUUUUGUUUCUUGGUUUUAUACUCACAAACUUUAAACUUAGGGUUGAAUACAUGUAAUUCCAUUUUAGCUUUAGAGACCCCUCCCCCACAGAAUUUCCAACAACUGAGUUGGGAGUAUUGUUAAUUGCUUGAGAGAGGUGACAGGUUUUUUUUUAAUCUGCCCAUUGUUAAAAUUAACAAUUUAAAUAACUAUAGCUGAAAAUCAUCACUUGUAUCAACAGUGUUCAUUGCCGUUUUUUAUUGUCUAGAAUUGUCAAGCAUCUCCAGACAAAUGGUUUAAUGGUGACACAGGUAGCCUGCGGAGCAAGACAUUCCCUAGCACUCACAGCAGGUUAUACAUGUACUCCUUAUUCCUGUCCAAUAACUGCCAAGGACGCAGGGAGUGAGAAACUCUCAGAGCCAUUUUAACCUUUUGUCGUCAUCCUCGACUCAUAUACAUAAGACAAAAUACCUAGUACAUUGUACUGUCAUCAUCGGUGUCCAUCGCAGAGAGAGUAUGAAAUUUAUGCAGCAUGAAUAAUGCUACUCGUGCAUGUAUAGCCCUUGAAGAUGUCCAUGUAAACAUUGGUUAGAACAUAAUUUUCUACAAACAUGUACAGGUGUAGCUUGUGUGCAUUAUUUAUAUGUUAUUGUCCAUAUUAAGCCUUGUUAUGUGUGUAGUUUAUUCAUGGUAUUGUUACAUCUUUUAGGUGGAUAUUUGUUUGCUUGGGGUGACAAUAGAAAUGGCCAGCUUGGUAUUGGCAAUUCAAGUCUCGUACAUAACCUCCCAGAACAUGUUUCUUCUUUGGUUGGUGUGCCGUUUGCCUUGUUAUGUGCUGGUGGCUAUCACAGCUUUGCAUUGUCUCUUUCUGGAGCUCUCUUCAGCUGGGGAAGAAACAAGUAUGUUUGCUUGGCUGACUCUACCCUUGUAGUUAUGGUACUUUGGCCUGGUAAUGCAGUCCAAGUCUUCGCUCAAAAUUCAUUUUUCAUUGUGAAAGAGUCAUUUUAGAAUGCUAUACACUGCAUGCCAUAAUGGAAAAAAAAGCAUUAUUAUGAGUUAAACAGUAAAAAAUUUAAAAUAUUUAUUUCGUUAAUUAAAUUAAUAUGUAUUUAUUCAUAUUCACUGAUUAUCUAUUUUUUCAGCUUUGGUCAACUUGGUGUAAAUGAUGAUAAAGGUAAGAUUUAUAUAAUGUCAAAUUAUGACUUUGAUCCACCUAAUGCAAACUAUACAAGGGUAUCAUAAUGAAUAUAUCAUACUUAUAACUGUUAUUAUACAUAAACAAAGCUUAAUUCAGAACUAAAAUAAAAUAUUAUUCUAAAGUAAAGCUCAUCAUUAUUUUUGGCAUCAUCUUGCCGUGUGUUCCUUUCAGAUCGUUUCAUGCCAGUGCUUGUUAAGUCUUUACGAUCCCAACGAGUAAGACAUGUAGCUGCAGGGGAGUAUCAUACUGCAGUUCUAACGGAGGUCAGUACACAAAAAGAAGCUUGUUCCUUACAGCAUUGAUCACAGUUUUCUCACCUUAUGUUGGCUUUCCAAAAGUAAAUGUUCAAUUUUUGUGGAGAGUACCUUGGUUUAAUCAUAGUCUCUCCAAAUGGAGUUCGUUGGAGAAACUAUGGUUUAAUUGAUUAAACUGAAUUGACGCUUUCACUCCUAAUAGAACUGUCAAAGUUAAAAUUCACCAAAAAAUCCAAAUAUCUUUUUGUAAAAUUCUACCAAGUAAUUUAGUGUCAAACUCAGAAAACAGUGAAAACCUGAAGAAUUUCAGGAAUGUUGAUUAUGUCAUGUCCAAUCACAGCAAAGUUCAUCACACACAAGUAAACCUCAAAACCGCAAACUAAUUAUUACUGUUACUUUGUUGCAGUUUAGUUUUCUCAUGCCUUAUUGAGUUUUCCCUCGCAACACAACAUUCCAUAAAUAUUUCUGGUUUUCAUGGUUUUGUGAGUGUCACAGAUUUAGUACUGUGUUAAAGUUUUACCAAAGAGGAUUUUGUUUGAGGAGACACCGUAACUUUCUGUCUACAGAUUCCAAGGUUAGAGUGACAAAUCAAGGCAUCAAAAUGUCAAGUUUCUUUGAUUGAUUUUUGUUUAAAAAGUACUUCCAAAUCAAUUCUUAUAAAGCCAUUGCCAGCACAAACUUGAAGGUCAUGAAAAUGACUCAGGAAUUCAUCAGGUUGCUAAGGAAAUCUUGAUUAAAUUAUGAAUAACUUUUUCUUGACUGAGUUUUGAACAAAUUCUCCUCAUCAGUACCAUAAUAAGGAAUGUUAGGGAGAACAGUGUGGGAGUUUUAUAUGGACGAUUACAGUGCGGUUAUAUCUUUAUUAAAAAUGAAUUCAUUAUAUGUACUUGAUUUUAUAGGAUGGAGGUGUAUUCACGUGUGGGUGUGGCAGCUAUGGCCAACUUGGACAUAACUCUAACAAUCAUGAGUAUAACCCUAGAAAGGUGAUGAUCAACAGUACUGUAUUGAGUAUCAAUUCAUUGUAGAUUAACUCUUUAAGUCCCAAUAGUGACCAGCAUCAAUUUUCUCCGAACAAUAUCCAUACAAUUUCAAGAGAUUAGGUUAUUAGAAUUAAUAAAAUGAUCACCUGAGAGAAAACACUUUGAUCUUUUAUCAAAUUCUCUCAACUCAUUCUUUAAGAAAAUGUAUAGAGAACAGUUUGGAGAAUUUGUACAUGUAUAUUGGGGCUUAAAGGGUUAAAAUAAAAAGUCCCUCAACUGUAGAUGCCCCUCUUGGAAAAUUAACAGUUCCUGCUGUUUUCCUUACAAAAGUAUUUGGAGUAAGGUCCGCCUUGCUAGCCAGUAAGAGAAAAAAGGAAAAGUGAAGAGAAUGUUAAACAAACAAAGAAACAAAAAAUAAAUACACACACACAGGCAGAUGGGCCCACAUCUGACUGAAGCCUUAUGUUAUCUGGACACAUGAUAUUAUUACUGUUCCUGUCCUUUAUAGGUAUUUGAGCUGAUGGGAAAAGCUGUGACCCAAAUUGCUUGUGGAAGGUAUAUUUGCACUGUGCUUGAUCAAUUCACCUUGCAUUUUGUCUUAAACUUGAUGGAUGAAAUGUACAUGAUUUUACAUGUAUAUGUACAUAGUAGAAAACUUGCUAGUUUUGUAUUUUACAUAUAAAAAACGAUUGGUUCAGUAGUACAGCUGUAACUUGUGUAAAGCACUUAUACAAAUUUUUUUUUUUGCUUUUUGUUGUUGAAGGUUGCAUACACUGGCUUAUGUUGCUUCAUCAGGAAAACUGUACUCUUUUGGUGCAGGAGAGAAUGGACAACUGGGAAACAACAGAUUGUCGAGUGUCAAUAGUCCUGUUCUUGUUCAUAGCAGCUGGCAUGUUGACACUACGGAUGGAAGUAAAUCAACACAACAGUCUGUGAUACACAGAAUUGCUGCAGGGGGAGACUUCUGUUAUUUACUUGCACCAAGAAAUGUUAGUAAUAAUUAUUUAUUAUUACUGAUUUGUAAAGAUAGAAUUAUAGAAGAUAAAGCCGAGCCUAAAAAAUAUUUUUUACUGUGAAUUACUCAGAAAACUGUGAAAACCAGAAAUAUUUCCUUACAAAAAAAAAAAAGGUUUAAAAGGUUGAUGGUUUGUUUAAAGUGGAAAGUGAACUUAGCUUAAUUAUCCAGGUAGUUUAUGGUCAGUCCGUUCAAAUAAUCAUAAACAAUAACAAUAAACACGUAAUGACUGGUUCCGAGCGAAACAGUUAAUUUUGUUUCCCAAGAAUUUCCGGAGGUGGAGCUGAGGGGCCAGUCUUAAAGUUGUUAUAUAGCUCGAAAUUUUGAAGCUGGAAAUUCAGUCAACCUCGCUGUAACAGUGGUCGUCAGUCAACAUUUGCAGGAAACAAUGUACAAACCCUCUGACGUCUUAGAUUUUGCAAUGUUGCCUGCUAAGAGAUUAUGGCGGGAAACAGUUUCAUUGUUAGAUGUCAUGUGACCUCGUGACCUCAUAGUAACCAAUGAGAGCAUGCACUGUUGGGAAAACAUUUCUAGCCAUAUAACAAAUAAUCAUAUAUAACAGGAUUAAAAACUCCAACUGGCAGGAGGUAACCAGUUGGCAAUUUACAACCGUGCUGCUGAGGAUUUGAACUCUAGCUGACCGAGAAUGCUGAAUCCAGUUAGAGGUCAGGGUGGGACUCAAACUGAACCCUGGAUCAUGGGAUUGCGAGUCCAGCAUGCUCAGCUUGCCACUCAGCCACGCUGCCUCCCUCUGUAAUAAAACUGGGCCUAAAGAUUCUGUUUUACUGUGAAUUACUCAGAAACCUGUGCAAACCAGAAAUGUUUUUGUAAUGUUAUUGUGUACCAAGCAGGCCAGCAUGAGAACACUGCCAAACUCCAAGCUGUCUAGAACUUUGCCUGUAAAAUUGUCAGCAGGGCCCAGAGAUACGACCAUGUAACUCCCAUUCUCAGGCAACUCAAGUGGCUCCCAGUUAAAAAACACCUGUACCAUCGCGAUUUAUUUAUGGCAUUUAAAUGAGUGUACUGCCUUGUCCUGGAGAAUCUAUCUGAUCAGUUUAUUAAGCGCUCAUCUAUAUCAACCCGCAGAACUAGAAACUCACAGUUGUUAAAUAUUCCUUUAUUUAGAUCUGCAACUGGCCAAAGAACUUUUUCUUAUCGAAUAUUUCUCUCUGGAACGCUCUGCCGCAAAAUAUCAAGUCGUUAGCGCAAUUUAAGACUAUGAUGAGAAAAACUGACUUCUAACGGACUCUAAUAGAACACAGCCAGCCACAGCCAUGACAAAAACCCAAUAAUAAAUAGUUUAAUCACUAGGCACUUAAUUAAUCUAACUUCCUGUAUUUUAAUUUUUAGAUACGUACAACUUCUUGCGUUUUGUUUUAUUUCAUGCCAUUCGAUUUUGUCAAAUAUUUUACUGAAAAACCCUGUGGGGACGUGAAAUAAAUGUAUGUAUAUACGUAUGUAACACUUACCUGAACGUAUUUUGGAUUCUUAAACAGGGCAGCAACUGUGUAUCAUGUGAUUUUCGAGAGCCAGACACUUCUAAGCACCUCUGGACUUUGUCUGAAACUGAAUGCAGGAAAAUAGUUCACCUCUUUUCUGUGGGAAAUCCAUCUGCAGAAGCAUUGCAGUAAGUUUGUUUUUCAAAUUUAUGGCUGUGACAGUCCACAUACCAAUACUAUUCAGGGGCACCUUAGGACAGUUUACUCCUGAAUACAUUGAAAACACUUUUAGGUUAACCAGAGAACUUUCAGAUCUCUAGAAAUACAUUCUAAGCGGCGCUAUAAAAUUAAUUUUUGUUCGGUCAUCCUAGGGGAACUUGAGUUUUUUUUUUUCAAAAUUACAAGGCCUUCAGUACUAUUUUCCCAAAAAUUGUAGGUGCAAUUUAAUGUCUUACGAAAUUGAGCAUUUUUUUUAUUCCUCUCUCCAUUACAUUUUCUCUCUUCACAGAAAGUUGGAGACAGUUUUUUCAUCCAACGCUUGCAUGUGUGGCUCAUUUCUGGACGGGUAAUUAACUCUUAAAGUAGUCUAAGCUUAACCUGUGAAUUUAGUUGUAUGUACGAAUUUUUUAGACACGUUUUAGGCUCAAUAGGCCAUUUGCACGGUGACGUCAUUUUACUACUACGACCAGAAUCCUUCAGAGUUUUACUUUCUUGUGCAAAUUAGGGAUUUCGUUAUUUUUAAAUCUCGCUGGGAUUUCCAAAUUUAAAUAUGAAAGAAAAAGCGAAAAGUAUUCUGGUCGUAGUAGUAAAAUGACGCCAUCGUGUAAAUGGCCUAUUUUCGCCUCUCUCUCGGGUCUGGGGCCCGUUUCUCGAAAGUCCCGGUAACUUUUCGGGCCCGAAAGAAAUCAAAUAUUCAAAUCGAAAUAUAAACAAUAAGAGCGCGGGUCCUGGCUAGCAGACUAAUCCAUUUUGUUUCACUAACUGAUGGUUUUAUCAUGCUAGAUGCAAAACUAUUGAAACCUCAAUCUUUAAUGUAAACGGAGACAGCUUACCGGGCCCGUUAAUUAUCGGGACUUUCAGGUCCUGUUGAAACCUGCACAGGCUUUGUGUUUUAAAAAUCCCCGAAAACGCUAGAAUAUGUCAACAUUGUUUUAUUGAGGGCGAAUUGCACUUCAUCUUUGACUGUAGCCUGUUCCAGGCAUUCAGAUAGUUGGGAGCGGCCAGGCGUUCAGAUAGUGGGGAGCGGCGCGAAGUAAAAAGGAGCGCGAAAAAAUAAAAGCGAGGGACGGGGAGAGGUGAGAGAGGAAACGCCUGUAAAAUUUGUUUUAAUUAGACUCUUCCGCCCACUCAGACCGCAUCAGCUGUAGGUGGUCUUCACUUAUCAAUCAAGACUGGUGUUACAGCCCCAUACAUUUAUUAUUUUUCUUGUGAAUAAAUCGAAAUUUCUCAGACCAAAAAUUAAGAUUAUGUAUACAUAAUAUUACUAAAAACCUAAUGUAAGACUUUCAGACAAUAGAGAGCGGGAGAAGUAUUCAUGUACAAUGAAUUUAUUUUCGGCUUUAAAACAGUCCCCCUCUACUUUUCUUCACUUCGUACCGCUCUCCACUAUCUGAACGCUUGGAACAGGCGACUUUGAUUGUAGUCUCCACAACCGCGCAGCGGGGCUACCCUUUUUUUAUGUCAGGGUCACCGACCUAGCCGGGCCAGCUUUUCUUCAUAUAAACACUUUGCUUUGCCAAGGAAGGUCACAACUCGUUCAAGGCGAGACAAUCAGAGCAUGCGCGAGUGCUGUUUUAGACAACAGGAAGCUUAAGCAACGACGACGGCGACGGCAACGAGAAGGGCAAAAAGGCAAUAGAUUAGAUUAGCAAAACAACAACUUUGCACCUCCAUCACGCUUGUUUGUACAUUUCUUAGCCGUCGUUGCACGACUACAACGUGAAAGUGCCUAAUUUCACGUUUUGUCGAGGACGGGAAUACAAGACAACAACUUUCCUUUUCUUUUCCUGAACUUUGAUACAGUCCUUUAGAAUUCAACUCCAAAACAAUUUGCCCACAUAUGACACCUUAAACGAGAUGGAAUAAGCGCGAUAAAGUUUGAGGCAGCGCGAAUUCACUUUUUAAGUGACGUUUUCUUAGCCGUCGCCGUCGUUUUUGCUUAAGCUCCCAAAUCAGAGUGUUACUGAGGGCUGUUGUCUCGGGCAAAUGGGUCAACUAUUUUUUUCUCAUGCAACCGCUCGCUCAAGCUGACAUCUGCUGGGAGGGUGACCCUUCCUUCUGGGACAGGCUUUCUCCAUUUAAAUGUUGUCUACGAAUUCAAGGAAACUGGCCCGACUGGCCCGCACCGAGCACUAGAGAGAAGUUUUAGCCCUGUUUUUCCGUCCGUUUGGAUGUUAAACUUCCCAUAAAUGUUGAAAGGAUUUAGGUUUAGGCUAUUGUUGUUUCUUUGUCUAACGUUUCAGACGAAACCAUGAACAAACAAGUUCCAAAGUCCAUGGAAUAAAUUUGGCAUCAGCAAGAAGAUGUUUUAGUAUGCUCAACUUCAUGCCACAUCAGUUAGUCGCUAGUAAGGUAAUUGCAAAUGACCACCACAUUGACAUUUCAUGGCUGGCCUUCAUCUUAGCAUGUCAAUAAAGAGCGUUAGAUUCUAAGACGAGGACGACUAUGAGAACUAGAUUCUCCCAAUACUAUAGUAAGUAGUGCGCGCGUGCGAACCAACGUCAUUUUGGCGAGAAAAUGUGAUAGCCAUCGUAGCCAUCGUCAUUCUACUACGAGUUUUAGCGAGAAUGUCGUAGUGGCGAACACUAGUUAUCAAAUGUUAGGAAUUUUAUAAUUUAGCGAUCGGAAGAGGGCUUUACCUCCUUCAACGGAAGUGAACUAACUGUUGUGAUGAAAAAUGUACAGUGUUGCUUUCCGAGGUGUCUAUUUUUAGAGAAUAGACGAGAAAACUUAAAAUUAAAUGUUGUCCUCGUAGUCGUCUUCGUCCUCGAAUCUAAAGCUCUCUAAUAAGUUGGGACAAGACAACUAAUACAUAAACAAGACAAACAAGACAACUAAUACAUAAAUUCAUGACCUUGGUGUCAUCGUUGUGAGUUGGGUUAACUGGGAGUUUACGCAACUACGAUGACGACGGCAGUGAAAACGUCAGUAAUUAAAAUUGAUGGAUUGACCUUCUUUCUUUUUGUCACUGGUGUAGGCGAAUUUCAAGAUACAACAUUCAAGAUAACUAAUUUAAGAAAAAAAUUCGUCAGCGUUCGUUUACGUCCCCCAUAAACUGUGAAAGUUGGCAUUUUAAAGUCGUAGUCAUUCAGUGACAAGAAGAAAUGUCCAAAAAAAGGGUGAUGCACGUGCAGAGUUGUUGAUUUUCUCAGAGAACCUAUUGUUUUUUGUUUUCUUUUCUUUGCAAUCGUUGUCGUGGCUGGGUAGACUCCUUAAUACGGGGCUUAAGCAAGCACGACGUCCACAGCAAUGAAAACGGCCUUGGAAAAAAAAUUGCAUUAUUUAGACUUGCUGAUUUUGUCAAAUGUGGGCGAUUUUUCCUACUUUUGAAUUCUUGAGGGCUGUUUCCAGGUUCAAAGAAAGAAAGAAAGGAAAAUUCGUCGUCAUGUGUUCACUUUCUUUGUAAAACGUUGUAGAAUUCAUGUCAUAGUACGAAGAAGCGUGAUGCACGUGCACGGCUGUUGUUUUGCUCCUAAGACUUUCUAUUAUUAUUAUUUUUUUUACGUUGUCGUUGUUUUCUUCGUGGUAUUCACGAGAACUCCUUGAUAUUGACGUGGAUGGGUGGGGUAAGGUGAGUUGCUCACUGACGUGGCAGCAGAGUCCAUGAUGUCCAGUCUUUUCUAUUCCUUCUCAACCACUGGCUGCCAAGGGAAGUGGGGGGAGGGGUGGAUUUGCCUUGUCAUUCGUCUUCUUCCCUUUCUCUGUGUUUUCCUAUUCUUCCAUCCCUGCAGUGCUUUCUCUUUCCUUUUCUCCUUCUCUCCUUGUAUUCUCUUCUCAUGCCACUUCCUUCUUUUCUGCUACGGUGGUUUCAUCUUAGGAUUUACAUGUAUCAUUUUUUUUAUUGUUUUGUCUCAUCUCCCAAUACCUUUGUGUUCGUUUGUUUUCAGAUGUUUAACGCAAUAAAGCAAGGUGUCGUUCACUCCCUACAGCAGCCUCCUCCUGAUAUCGAGGCUCUGAGGGUGUAUUUGCUGCUGCCAGAAUUUUCCAUUUAUCAAAAGGAAGAACAGUACGACGCAAUUGUUAUUCCAUUUGGUGAAGCCAUCCUGAGAUUAUCAGUUGAUGCAGGCAAAGUGUUAAGUGAGUAUGAAGAACCUUAUGCCUCAUUCGCGCCAACUAAAUAUGCUUAACCCUUUCACUGCCAGAGUGAAUGUUGGAGCCCUUAAGGUAGUUGUAACUUUUGAGUCUGUGGACAAAAUCCUAUGAUGUGACCAUUCAAAUGAAACUUCUCUGCCUGUACUUUCAAAUGCUGCUAUUUGUUUCCAAAAUUUUACAAAGCGAAAUUUGGGAAUUUUGGUUGCAUUUUGCCCUUGGCCACACUUGGCACUGAAAGGUUUAAAGGACCUGUGUCGCGAAAUUCAGCCGAAUUAAAAAAAUACAAAAUGCCGGUUAAAUUAAGAGAGACAUAAAAAUAACCGCUUAAAACUUUAAAGGAAGGUUAAAAUAACAUAACAGAAACAACAGAUGUCACGGAUGGGCAAAACUGAUGAAGAUUUUAACGGAUUGAAAUUACGGUUUUUGAAAACUGUUCAGCCUAACAGUUUUUCAAAGUUGAUCCCUGCUGCUUGCAGCUUCGAAAAUAAUGCUCAGAAGACAUAUUUGUUUGUCACGGAUCUCUGAUUUUGUCACUUACAUGUAAUUUCUUUGCUUACUUUAAGUUCCAUAGCGAUUGAGGGCGAGUAAUUGGCAAAAUUAAACAAAAUGAACUGGACUGCAGUGACACAGCCCCUUUAAUUAAACUAGGUUUAAUAAAAAAUAAUUAAAAACAGGUACGAAAAAAAACCAGUCUUUUUCACAGAAUUCCUACGAAAUUUGACAUCUUACAUAAUUCCAAUAAAAGUAUAGUAAACAACUUUUAGAAAGAAAACAAAUUUAAACCGUUUUAACCAAACAGCGUUUAAACGUGUUUCAGCUUUGGUGUGAAUGGGGCAUAAGUGACACAGUUCAUUGUUUGACAUCGAUUUUUCAUAUGUUCUUGAAACGAUAGAGAAGAGAAUUGUGUAGUAACAAACGAUAAAAUUUGUGAAAUUAUGGGAUUGGUUGGCAUAUUCAGAAAGAAAAACAUGAAAAAAGUCCUAUUCCUAUACCAAAAAUCAGACUGUUUGUGCAAACAGGUAGGAAGAUCAGUGUAAGCACCGUCGCGCUCUGAUAACUCCAUGCAAAUCUUUCUAAAAUUGGCUUGGAUGGUAGCAGGCCAAUUUUGGAAGGAUUUGGAUGGAGUCAUCGGAGCAUAACAGUGCUUAUACUGGUCUUCCCACCUGUUUGCACUAACAGGCUGAGUUUUGGCAUGGGGACUUUCUUUGUCUUGUUGUUUCAGAAUAAGCUGACCAAUCCAGUAAUUUUAUAAAUUUUAUUUGUGUGACGUAAUCACUUCUAGUCUCUAUUACGCACGAACAAUACAAGAAGCUAACGUAAAUAUAGCGAUUUGAUUGGCCGAUCGAACGAAUGCAAACGCGCGUGCCUUUUGUUUGGUUCAGCGAACUUUCUCAAUUCUCCAUGAUAUCAUUUUGCAAUAAUAUUGAACAAUCGAACGAUGCUUUGAUCAUCUAUGUAUUUUUUUUCAGGACGAUGGUGGUCCACAUUACCCUCAACAUAUUUUUCCCACACAAUGAAGGUUUGAAUAUUUUAAAUAACGUGUUUGCGUCGAAGUUAGCAUGAUAUUUCAUUGAAUGUGGAAGGUUUGGUUACAUCAUUCUACAAACAGAGCCUCCUUCUUUUGUCUUUUUGAGCGAGGAGGAGAAGAGGAGGCUCCACCUGAAUGGCGUCAAACCUUAGAAGUCACCGCAGCUCAAACUUCUGGACUGAAUCAAUCUUUUGUCAAACUGGUUUAUUCGAGUGCGAGUACCCGCUAUGUCACAACCGAGCCCGCAGUAGCAAGUGCUCUGCUAUAUCCUAGCAACAUGCCGCGCAUGCUCAACAAAGAUCUUAUUUUGCAGAGUCUUUCUCAAGCAUCUUUUUUCUCACCCUGCGAGCAGAGCUUCCUUUUGUUCUUUUUAAUGAUGAGGAGAAAAGGAGGCUCUGUCUGAAUGGCAUCAAACCUUUGAGGUCGCCGCAGCCCGAAUCGAUCACUGAGUGAGUUUAUACUAAGAUUCAAUAUUCAUCUGAUCAAUGCCAUUCACUUAUCUUUUGCAUCCAGUUCGCCUCAGAUUUAUCAAGUUCAUCAAAGCUAUUCUAAUCCAGCUACACCGCAUUAGUCGAUCCGCCAGUUGCCAUAUGUUGAUUCCAUGAGUUACGAGGUCCACCAUUUUUAUACGGACCGGUCAAUAAACCGUAGUUUUCUGUGUUUUAUUUUAGAUGUUUCAAGACUGUGUCAAGUACUUACUUCACUUCCCUCCUCCAAAGUUGAAGGAUGAGGUAGUUCAGUAUUCCUGUUGAUUAUUAUGCUAAGAUUACCAACAGAUCACGGUGAAAAACUACUGAACAUUGCAAAAUAGUGGUGUGAACCCAUGGGUUUGAACCGACGAUAGACUAUUCCAAGCCCAAGUUGGUGACUUUGUUUUCAAGAUUGAGGGAACGGUCUAUUAACACUUAUGAGGAAACUAGUAGACCUUAUUAUUCAUUCAAAAUUUUUCCCCUAUUCUGAUUGGCUAAAAGCACGCGCAUAAUUCACCAUAACCAGUUACUGAUGACCAAAUUUGGAAGAAUUUUGUGUUUAACGAGGAACUGACGUCAAAAAUGCAGCGUUCUUGCAGAUUAAGGCACCGUUAACAGAGAAGACCUGGGGACGAGGUUUAGUUGUUUUGGUUGUGAAAACAAAAAAUGGCGGACAUUUCACUCGUUUCAAGAUUGAGUAAGUGCUAGGCGAAAUUAUAGCUAAAAACGUGGCAAGAACAGCAAGACCACAACUCGAAGGGCGACAUCUGCUAUUUGGAGAACAUUUGGGGAGCUAAAAAACCCUAAACGUGCACUAUCGAAGGUGAACUUAACAUCGAUGGAGGUAAGCAUGUUUUAGCUUUGUUUUUAAACUAGGAAUUAUUUUGAAUUAAUAAUAAAACAAUUAUUGAAUUCGGCUUACGCAUCUUAUGAAGAAUUAUGGAGAUCUCGGAGGGUGUUAUCCGCGAUAACACCGUCCUCGAUCUCCAUAAUUGUUCAUAAGAUACUCAGCCUCAUUCAUUAAUUGUUAAUUUAUCACGCGUCAUAAAAGCAAAUAAUUUUUACUUAUCUAGACUAGUUUAUGUAUAGUUUUGACGAUAAUUUAACGUUGAGAUUAAUGUCGUAAAAAAUUUGCUUUUCAGGCAAUACGACGGCAAGCGGGACUGGCAAAUUGUUUAGGGGUAUUGGAGCAACUUCAUGUGGUAAGUUUAAAACCGAUUUGCCUGAAGCACUUAGCUAACGUUUGAUUAUUAAAGUUGGCUCUUCGCUGUACAAGUCCCCUACUGGGUAUUAAUGUCUCCUUCCUAUCAAUCAGGUCGUUUGCCCCAGCUGCAUGAAAGUGUAGCAACUUGCAAUUAUCAUUGAAAAGGUGUAUCUUUAUCGUCGUUUGUUAUUAUUAAGACCCUAUGCACCGGUCUGAUUGAGAAGUGAACCUGUAGCCUAAAUUUCAGACAUUCCUUCUAGUCGCAUACUCCUCUCACUUGUUGGAGUAUGUGAUUCGAGGGUAUGUCUGAAAUUCAGGCUGGUAGAAAUGGCCCCUAGACAAUGUAUUUAUUCUCCAUCGUGUGGGAAGCCAACCAUAAUCAGUCGUCCUUAAGCAAAGUAUCAAUCAAAACAUCAGGGACUUUAACAUCCGAGAUGGGCGAAGGCGGCGAGCAUGUCGCUUAAAAAGCGAAUUCGCGUUCUUUUAAUCAGUUUCAUUGCGAUUAUUUUAACUCACUUCCUUUGUCAAAUGUAGAAGAAUUAACCUGGAUUUGAAUUCCUAAGAACAAUGUUCCAAGUUUAAAAGUGGGAAGAACGUUUCGUCGUUACUUGCUUGCAUCGUCCAUAGAAAGUGAAGUUAGAUUUUUUUUAUGUCGUAGUAGUGCAGUGACGGCAAAGAAAUUUGCAAAAAAAUGAUUGUUGUUGUUUUGCUAAUUAUUUUUACUGCCUUUUUUGACAUUCUCGUUGCCGUCGUCGUCUUUGGAUCUUAAUGCCCCUUAAAACGAUGGCCCGACGGACCUUUUUGAAGUGUCAUUUUCUUUCCACCCUUCCUUAACCAAAUAUAGAUUUUUGUGUACUAAUUUUUUAUUAGUGAAUUUUAAAGCAAGCAGGCCAUUAUAAGAAAACCCCCCAUAGCCACAAUCAUUUCUGUGAAAGCUCGAGAACUAUUUAAUUUUUUGGGAGUAUUCGCGUCACUGCCUGACCGUGCAGCUGUGCGUUUCCUAAAGACUUCAAAAAUAGUAGAUGAUUAAAUGCCGAUUUUAUACAAAUUCUACAGGUUAACACGGAAUCGGGUGAUAUUGUGCCAUUCAAUCAGUUUUACAUCCCUGAGAUUCAACAGACUAUCGAUAUCAGAGCUGACUACUUCAACUGGAUUCAGAAUCAGGUAAUUAGAACAACAAUUCCUGCACGUUCGUAUUUUGAAAGAGCACUUGUGCUUCUAGACGAUAACGUUCGUAAAUAAAUUAUUGAUUGAUUGAUUGACUGAUUGAACAAAAACAACAAGGCAGAAGAACAAUAACAACAACAACAACAGAAAUGUUAUAGGAAAGCUACAGUGCCAUGUUACAUUGCUUGCGGCCGGCACGGGGGGUACCUAGGGCAAUUUUUGCUGGGUAUGUGCCGCUGGCCUCUUUGAACCCCUACCCCCCAAUAGUCUAUUGUGUGGCCAAUUAUAGAGCCCAUAGUUAAUUUUUGGGCAAAUGUAAUUUUUGGCAAUCCCAGUUUAUUCAUUUUCUAUUACUUUUGAAAACGCGAAUCUUCCUAUUUCUAAGUCUCCCCUUACCAAAAUCCUCAAAAUGUGCGACCCCAUUUCAGUAACUCUCUGGAAAAUGCAAUGCGACGCAAUCUUGGAUUGAUGGAAAUUAUAAACAUGGGCUUCCCGUUCCAAUCCACCCAGAGGCUGCUUCAUAUCGAAACCGGUGGUUGUUCUUCGUUUACUUGAUACUGUUACGGGAUAUCGCACGAGAAUGAAAUUCUCUCUUCGGUACAGUAACCGUGGUAUGUUGCGUUUGGGUAUGACAAUUUCUGUUGGUGGUGUCAUGUAAACGAAUACAGAGCUACGAGACGAAACCGGGGUGAAAUCUUGUCGGUUUCAUUAAUUCGCCCCGGCAUCAUCCCGUAAACAGUCUACAAAACUAAGCCUGACGAAACAGCCGACAGGUUUCCCCGCGAAAUUGCGUCUGAAGAACGACUGCAGAAAUUCCAUAUUGAUGUAGUGUCACUACGCAGAUCUGGGUAGUACUUCUGAUUGGUUGAGGCAAAUUUCCCUCGCGGCACAACCAAUCAGAGUACACUACCCAGAUCUGGGUGGUGCACGUCAUCAGUGUGAAAUUUCUGCUGUCGUUCCUCAGACGUUAGAGCGAUUUUCGUUUGACCUUGGUAUGAAAACGCGCGGACAAAACAGAAACAACAAACGAACGGAAAUAGAGCGGUUUUGAUUGGUUUGUCGAACGAAUACAAACGCGCGUGGCUUUUAGUUGGUUAAGCGAACGCUCGGGUGAAAAAACUUCAUGCCCGAGGACUUUCCAGAAAUCAACCGAUACCUCGCUUUGACGUCAUAUUGCAACACGAUUGGCCAAUCGAACAAUGCCUUCUCCAUAUUAGGGUGUUCUUUGCCAGGAAAACGGAUAGGCCAUGUUUUGAUCUUUUCAGCCAUUGGCUGAUAAAACAAAUAACGAACGCUUACCGAAACCAGUUUUCAAGGUCAUACGAAAUCCCUCUAUUUCCCGGGGUAAUCGCAAAAUGUCGGUUGUUUUCUCAGGCUACCAAAUCCUAGAUCCAGUCCAGAAAAGGCCAAUAAACCUUCAGCAGUUUGCCUUUUUCACCUGCUUCUCCUUUUGUUUAGAUUGUGACAAACCUUCAAGAAUUACGGCACCACCUGUAUCACGUGGUAGGCCUUUCAUUUUCAAAAGCUCGUUCAACCAAUUCCAUAUAUGGCAGCAUGCAGAUCGCCAUUGCCACGUGACUUACUGCUUGUUUCAAUCACAACGUGAAAGAAAUGGGCCACUUCCGAGUUUCCAAACCCCUCACUUUCAAAAUGAGGUUAAAUGCAAAACCUGUCAUGUGAAAAUGAGUUUCAGUUGUAUAACAAUUAAAUUUUAUUUUUGUAUCGGACUUUGCACUUAUCCUCGGUUUCAAAAAGAGGCUGGGGCAACUCGUAACUCGCCUAUUCAGGCUUGGCUGCGAUUCAAACCUCAAUUAGAGACCUUUAGAUUCUAGGACGAAGACGAAGACACAAUUUGACAUGAAAUCCCUAGACCUUUCAUACAUACGAGAUUUGACCUAAGAACCCUAUACCCUUCAUACAUAUUUCGGACGAGAUUUGACUUGAAAACCCUUUACCUUUCAUACAUACUUCGGACGAGAUUUGACGCGAAUACCCGAUUUCACUUGAAAACCCUAUACCUUUCAUACAUACUUCGCAUCAUUUUUACCGUUUCACACGUUGUUCCUUGCACCAAUUCUGUAUAUUUAUAGCUCCACGCGGAAUAUUUUUUCAUCCCCAUUGAAGCCGUUUAAAAACAGCUGUUUAAGGCCUCAUUAAAACGGUAGUUUUAUUUUUAAUUUUUAAUCAUUCUCCUGAAGGACAACAUGAACAGAUUACCGGAAAGCUUUAUUACACUUUGCCUCCAAACUUUGCACGAUUAUUUGUAUUGAGGAAGUUAAUUCCUCUCCCUAUCGCAAAACGAUGAAACUUUUAACGUUUGAUAACUUGUUCCCGCCACUACGACAUUCUAGCUUAAAACCGUAGGGGAAUGACGACGGCUAUCACGUUUUCCCGCCAAAAUGACGCUGGUUCACGCGCGCGCACUGCUUGGUAUUGAGAAAAUCUCGCUCUCGCCAUUGGAUCUAAAGGUCUCUUAUAAGUUAUUCAAGCCAACGGGGAGCAGAUCAAUCGUGUGUCCAUCAUAUACCCAAUAGUGGUGAUAAAUAGCGUGUGUUGCAGACGUAAUCUAACCCCGGUUAGUAGCGUCUGCGAAGCGGCGCCGCUAUCCUUGUUCUGUGCCGGCCACGGACUCAACGAAUUACCGGAAAUGCAUUGCGAAUUUCCCUUCAACCUGAUUGGCAAAUCAACAAUGGAUUUUUUAACAGGCCAAUCAUGGCGCGCUCUGAAAUCCUGUUGGGAUUGGACGGGGAUUUAAGCGCUGUUUCGCAUACAGACUCCACCAGGCCCCAGUUGUUCAAAAGGCGGAUAACGCUAUCCACUGGAUAAAUCUCUAUCCGAUGGAAAACGACAUUGGUUUCCCUAAUGCUUAUCCGGUGGAUAGCACUAUUCAGCAUUUGAAGAACCAGUGCCCGAAGUUUAGUUCCGUCUGUGGCAUAGGCUGUUGAUAAAAAACUAUGAAUUCUGAAAUUUUUAAACUGUCGUUCAAUCUUUCCCUCACGCAUUUAAGGGCUCAAAGUGCCUGUUAUGAAUUAAAAGGAGACUUGAGCUCCGUAAUGCUUAAGGAAAUAUUUCACGGGAGUUUGAAAAUUGCGAAAUUUACGAGGAUUUGUAUGGAAAACCAUUCAAACGUGACUGGGUGGCAAAAGUUGUUUUUCUCAUACAAAUCCUUCUAAUUUUCGGGGGCCGUUGCAAUCGCUACUUUUGAGAUAUACGGCUGAAAACUUGCAGGUUACCUAAUUUUAAUAUGCUGUUUCAGCUCGUGCUAACAAAAUUUUUCAAAAUCAAAUUGUUUUCCUGUUUACCAAAAGUUGCUCACGUCGUCAACUAAUGCAAAAGGCCUAUUGCGGAUGAAACAGAUGAUUGUAGAUGUAAUCCGUUUUCCUAUCCUUAUAAAGACUGCUUACGUCCUUUUUUCGUUUCAUCUGUAGUUCAGUUAUGAUCUAUUUCAAAUAUUCCCGGUCUUUGUGUACCUAGUCUCUUUAGUAGCGCGAAUUUAUUGUAAAUUCUUACACAACUAAUAAAAGUGUGUCUCAAUUAUUUUAGAUAGUAGUAUGAUUAUAAAGUUUGGUUACGAUGGUGUGAUUUUCCUAUACAGCGAACGUUUUCUUUCUGUCGUUACCCAUUUGUGUUUGACGCUGAAGCCAAAACUACGUUAAUGCAAACCGAUGCUGUAAUGCAGAUGCAAGUAAGUUUAGACAACACUUAGAUAUACAUGUACAUGCGUCAAUAACUGAGUGUGGCGUCAAGAUUGCUGAAUUUUGGCCAAGGUUUUUGCCCCCUCUCCUCGUUUGAAAAAAUAGAAUAAUAUAAAAUAAAACUAGUUAAGGAUUUACUUUAGGGGCAUUUUUUUUUGGCGGAGACAAGGUGGAAAUCCCGGAGCGAGAAGGAUACGUGCACCUUGUUUGAUUGAGUGGCCAAUCAUAAGACAAGUCUCUUGCUCACGAAGCCAGUGCUAGAAUCAUCGCAUUCGUCAGGACGCUUUCUACUCUUGGUGUUCCUGUGGUACAAAGCCACAAAUUUUCGAGGUAUCGGGGGCGACUGCCAAUAAGCUGCCCCCACUGAUUUUAUCAGGGGCAUCUCGGCCGGGAAACUGGACUCCUUUCGACUCGAUUUCGUUUCCGUAAGUGACGGACGCGGAUCCGUAAUCAAUGAUUACCUCUAGUAUUUAACAUAACAAUUGCUGCGUACUAACGUUUACUGAAGGUACUGCAAAACACUGCAGUUUGUUAAGGUAGGCUAUCGCUUUUAGACAAAUGCAGCUGGCCAAAGCUGCUUGCACUACCGCCAUGCUUAGCCAUUUUUGCAAUUUACUAAGACGAUGUGGACGUGAAGCUAUUUGAAAACUUAAGGUGGAUUUCCACUGUCGCUUAAUUGGUUCGUGCGUAAGCACGUUAAGUAUACGCGCCUAAAUGAAGUAGAGGCAAUAUAUGGAUGCUUCCGUAAACGAAAAAGUUAAACCUCUCUCUAAACUUUGACGCUUACGCUCGGUCUUGGAUGCGUUACCUCUUGCGUAUGCACGUAACAAUAACGCGACAGUGAAGAUCCACCCUUUAGACUCUGAGGUAUCUUACUUCGGUUGGUAUAUUCAUCGUUCUCUUCUUUCUGUUUUUCAGUCAGCUGUUGAGGAGGUGAACCGCCGAAAUGUUCAGUCAAUGGUAUCGCAAAUGCCUAUUGACCCUGUUAAUCCAAUAUUGGUCAUCGUGGUUAAGAGAGAGAAUAUUGUCGACCACACACUAAAUCAGAUUAUGAAGUGUGGACCGUACGAUUUAAAGAAACCUCUGAAGGUAAUAGGUAGUUUUAGCAACUUAGCGAUUAACUUGAACGAUAAGAAUAAUCUUCUCACGAUGCAUGCGCGAGUUCGUGACAAAACGCGAAAGGACUGAAUGCGACUUCCGGUUUUCAAGUCGUUAGAUCUGCGCGCUCCUACGUCACUCUUGUUAGACAUGGUUCUCUUAAAAAUGUGGAUGAUCUUGAGGACAAAGGUUGUAUGUUGCAUUGGCCAUUUCGAAGUUGUGGGUUACGAUGAUUCGGUGAUGUGGCAUAAUUUCUGCAUCAAGUGGUUCACGUUUUUGUAAAUACUUCUUAAUUAAAUUUAAACAUUGUAAUUAGUAAUUAGCUGACUUUGUAAUUAGUAUUAGAUUAAGUGUUUUAAUUAGUUAUUAUAAAUAAUGUAAUAUAAUCAUUGUUCCUGAAAAGCCCCCAUGGGGAGGUAACAAUAAAGUAUGUAAUAAUAAUAAUAAUGAUAACAACAACAAAAAUUCAGCUUCUUACCGUAAAUUACGGGUUCUUGUAUGCAGUUUAGUACUGUUUUCUAAGAUCGGACUUUUUUUGGCAGGUUGUGUUUGUCGGCGAAGAGGGUGUAGAUGCUGGCGGUGUAAGGAAGGUAACAUUAUGUAACAUUCAAGUGAAUGGUUCGUCACGCAAGGGAAGUAACGCGUGACCAAGCCCUAAGAAAAAGUCUACCUGGGAGACUACAUUCAAAACCGUUGGAGACUAUAAGCAGUGAUUAAAGACCUAUAUUCAAUUCCAAAACGCGUAUUUCAAGGGAAAGAAUCGUUUCGCUGUGGGUUCUCAGCCAUUUGGCAAAUGUGAAGCUCUUCGUCAAUUCUAAGCCAUAAUGAUUUAGACCCUGAGUUUUGGAGCUGCAGGUCAACGUUGUUGUUCUAUGCUACCAUCCAAACUAAACAAGUUUCCUUUUAUGAACUUUAUCAGGGUUGUGCUCUAGCAGCGCCCGGAGGCCCCUGACCCUUACUUUUGCUCUUGAGCGACUGGAAAAUCUUAUUAUUUCGUAGAAAUCCUAUGCUCUACACCCUGGAUUUCACAGGUUCCGGCAGAGCAGUGGGCUCCCUUCAAUUUUUCUUACAGCUCAGCCUGGUAUAAAUUCAGCCUUUAAAAAAAAAAAAAAAAAAAAAAAAAAACUGUUAUUUUCUCCUUUUUAAACUUCGAAUUAAUCGGAAUGUUUUUAUUCAAUGUAUUUAGGAAUUCUUUCUACUGCUUCUGACUGAGAUUUUGGACCCCAAAUAUGGCAUGUUUACAUUUAUUGAAGAAUCAAACACUAUCUGGUUUAACGACUUGGUAAGAUAUAUUAGAAACAUAAUUUAUUUUAACGUUAAAAGCCGACGUUUCCGUAUCAUCAUGACACCAUUCUCAAGGCAAAAUGAAUAAGUAAUGCGAAGAUUUGAUUUCUAUAGUCUCUACAAAUUAGCAUAAUAAUUUGUAGAGAGCAUAGAAAUCAAAUCUUCGCAUUACUUAUUCAUUUUGCCUUGAGAAUGGUGUCAUGAUGAUACCGAAACGUCGGCUUUUAACAUUAAUAUUCGCUUGCUUAUGUUUUAAGAAAUCGUUAUUGAUCAAUAAUUUAUUUUAACACAUUUAUUUCCCAGGAAAAUAAAAACCAAAGUCGAGAAAAAAAAAAAAUCAAAUGCUCAUAAGAUUUCAUGUCAGAACCAUGUGCAAUGCUAGGAUGUAUAUAAAAUUACGGCUCAGUUGCUUUGAAAGAGUGGUCUAACGGUAGGUUUUCAUCCUGAGACUAAAAAAACUUAAAAACAUUUUGUACUUUAUAAUAAAAAGAACCACUGAAAAGUAGUGCUCAGUAGCUUUUAGAGGACGGUCAUAAGAGGAUUGCAGCCAUACAUACUCAAACGUUUCAGCAUAUAUAUAGUCAUAAAGAAAGUGCUGGUCGGUAUCUGAUUAUUCCUUAGUUAUAGUAUGAAAGAAUAUGUCAACAAUCAUGUUUUGUUUUCUUGCAGACGUUUGAAGAAAAUCCAAUGUUCUUAUUGAUUGGUGUUAUUUGCGGUCUUGCCAUCUACAACUCUACCAUCAUCGAUCUGAGGUUUCCGCCUGUUUUAUACAAAAAGCUUUUGCGAAGGUAAUUUCAGUACUUAUACAGCCAUGUACUCUUAAUCUUGUGAUGGGGUAUCGUAAGUGAAGUCAAACGUUCUUCACAGAGUCAGCAAUGGGACAGAGCUACGUGUUCCAAAGAUACCCAAACAUAGAGGGUUGAUCGUGCUUCAAGAAUUGGCACAAACAAAAGUUGUCGCGAGAUAUCAGUGGAUUGGCAGCUUGAUUGACAGCUUUGUUCUAGCAAAAUCAAUUGAAUCUACCUUACACACCCUCUCUUUGCUCGGCUGAGGCACACUUUGGGAAUCCCAGCGGUGCCAACACUCGACCUUCGCUUUUGAAUUUAUCGUACUCUGUCAUUUUUAAUUUUCUGAGGUCAUUUUCAUGGUUUUGGUCGUUAUUGCGUACUUCUUACAAAAAAAAUAUAUAUUGUUUUUUCGACAAGAAUGGCCUGUCGAAUGUCUCCACGCUCGCCUUUCUUGGACUCUGUGAAUAAUUCAGUCACUUUUGUAUUGUAUUGUUUUGUUGUGUUUGUUUCUCCCAGAAAGCCAAACCUGGAUGACUUCAGAGGGUUUAAACCGUCAAUUGCUAAGUAUGCAUUUUGUAAUUUAAAUUUUUAUAAUUAUGUAUAAAAAUCAGUGGCCAUGUCGCACUAGUUCAUUGUCAUGCACAACCCGCCAAAACUUGACAUCAGAUGCAUCAUUCCUCUUCGCGUUUUUGCAUUGCUCCUCGGUCUUUGAUAAUCAGAGGAAAUAUUCCGUUUUAUGUUUGGUAUAUUACUUCUCUGUGUUGGAAUAUUAGAUGGAAAACUUGUCCUCAUGUAAAUAUAUUACUAAUCGGUGUUUCAAUAUCAGUUGAAACAGUCCUGGUUUUGAUACACAGUUUCUCAGUGGCUGAAUAUCAGAUCAAACACUCCGCUCAUGUAUCAUAUAUGUCAUGUCUCUGUAUUGGGAUAUUAUAGGAAAUACUCCCUUUUGUGUUAAAGAUAUUUCUUGUCAGUGUUGUAAAGUCACAUACAAAAAACAUUUAUUACUCCUUGGUGUUUAGAUAUCAGACGAAACUCUCCUACUCGUCAUUGAUUCUUAAUUUCACUGCCCCUAAUGAAAGAUAAAACAGUCUUUCAGUGUUUGGCAAGAGUCAUGCAAAUAGCCACCGGUUCUGCAAAGAAAACGUUUAAGCCGAAGCCACGAAUCGAAAACGCGUCGGUGUAUAAUCAUUGAGAACACACACUUCCUUCUUAUUUUUCUUGGCUUAUUCCAUUACACUCAACAGAAAUCUCCAAUAUUUGCUGGAUUACCCUGACGAAGAUGAUAUUGUUGACGCAUUUGGUCUCAAUUUCCAGGUAAGCUUCGUUGUCGUUUUUUCGUAAUCUUGUUCUUCGUAGAAUAAGUGCGAUCGUCAACACCGAAUAAACUUCUUUUUUUUUUCUUUUUCUGGUUCAGAGAUGGUGUUUGGACAUGCUAUGAUUUUUUAAAGUAUAAGACAUUCAAAAAGUUUGUAGUGUACUUUUAAGUUCCAAACAAGCACAGUUAUCUUCACGACAUGUUUUCCUUGGUAGAGUAGGUGGUUUUACCUGUUGUUAAGCAACUAAGAAAGUUAGCACUCGACUCGACCUCAGCCUUUCCAACUAACUGACUUGGUGUCUGUUUUUUUUUUAGAUCGUCCGUGAAAGAUACGGGGCACUAGAAUAUGUUGAUUUGAUUCCUGAUGGAGGAAACACACCAGUUAACGCUGAAAACAGGUAUGUGACUGACGAUAACGAAACAGCAAGUGUUAAGGGUUUAAAGGUUAAAGAUUUGUUUAUAUAGUGGAAAGUGCACUUAGCUUAUCCAGCUAGCUUACAGGCACACCACUCAGAUAAUAAGAAAUAAAUAAUCCAAAUAUAAAAGGAUUAAAAAUCACACCUGACAGGAGGCAACCAGUUAGCUGUUUACACACGUGGUGAGGAUCUGAACUCGACACGACCGAGAACAUUAAUUCAGAGUGUGAUUACAGCGAGACUCGAACCCGGGACCUCCGGAUUGCCUGACGGACGCGCUAGCCACUCGGCCAUGCUACCUCCCUGUCUUAUGCUUUUUCUCACCACAGACCCGUUUCUCCAAAGUCUCGCUGGCCCGAAAACCUAAAGAACAAAAGCGCGGUUCCCGAAUCUAACAAAUCGGUGCAUUAUUUUGCAUGCUGAUAGUUCAGUCAUAUUAUCUGCAAAACUAUUGAAAGUUCGAUUUUGAAUGUAAAAGACAACAGCUUUUCGGACCCGAUGAAAAUAGGCCAUUUGAACGAUAAUGUCAUUUUACUACUAUGAGCAGAUGACAGAAUCCUUAGGGGGUUUGCUUUCUUGUUUAAGUUAGGGCUUUUGUGAUUUAAAGCUCGCUGGGAUUCCCAAUUUAAAUAUGAAAGGAAAAACGAAAAGGAUUGUGGUCGUAGUAGUGAAAUGACGCCAACGUGCAAAUGGCCUAUUAUUGGGAAGCAGGCCCCAGGAACCAAUGAAAAAAAAAGAGUCACUUCAAAAGAAGACUGAAAAUGAUUGUUCGCAUAAGCUCCGAGAUGAAUAGAAUUGUAGUGAAAAUGAUGUGCGCUUCGACAACCUGUGCGGAAUUCGAUACUUGACCAAUGUUUUCAUAUUAUAUUUUUUGCGUCAAUGUUUUUCCAUCCGUCCUGCUACCUUAACAAUAGAGAGUAAAACACUCGAAUAGGAACAUCCAUAUCAUCGAAUAGGAACAUCCAUAUCAUCAGCGUUAAAAGUAACUCAUGGCGUCCCACAGGGAUCUAUUCUCGGGCCCUUGUUAUUUAGUUUUUACAUGACACCUAGACAGUAGAUUUAAAAAGAGCUUCGACUGGGCAGAGAUCAUUUUUCUAUCGCGCAAUAGUAUAUAAUUAAACGUAAACAUCGUGCCCGUAGGGAACUUUGGGCGUCUAUACUUUGACUUAUGUAAUGCUUUUAGGAUCAAAUCUAUUAAGUUCAUCUUGAUAAUUUUUCUUAGUUUUUUAAGAGUACUGUAAUUAGGUUUUCUUCCGAUAAUUGUAAAUUAACAUUGAAAAUCCCAGUUUGGGACAUGUUUUAAAUAAACUUAUCGCGUUGUAUUGUAUUGACUCCCCUCUGGGUUUCCCUGGGGACUACAAUCAAUCACACUCGAACUACAUAUGUACCUUUCCCCUGUCUAGUGACUGAAACAUUUUGUGACUCAUCAGCCAGUUGUGUCUCUUACUUGCUUCUAGACAGCAGUAUGUCGAUGUGUAUAUUGAUUACUACUUAAACAAGUCAGUGGACAAGCAGUUCCAGGCUUUUUCGAUGGGUUUUCACCGAGUUUGUGGUGGUAAAGUCCUGGUAUGUAGAUGAUAAUUUUGUCUGCGUAACAUUGAUAUAUUCGAUGAGUUUGUGGUGGUAAAGUCAUGGUAUGUUGAGGAUACUUUUGUUUGUAUAACUUUGAUAUGCUCGAUGAGUUUGUGGUGGUAAAGUCAUGGUAUGUUGAGGAUACUUUUGUUUGUAUAACAUUGAUAUGCUCGAUGAGUUUGUGGUGGUAAAGUCAUGGUAUGUUGAGGAUACUUUUGUUUGUAUAAUAUUAAUAUGGUCGAUGAUAAACAAUGUUGUUAUCACCCGCCUUAUCCCUUUAAGCCGCAAUUUUCUCCAAACUGAUCUCCAUACAUUUUGUUAAAGAAUUAGCUAAGCGAAUUUGAUAAAAGAUUAAAGCAUCAUUUCUUUUAUUUCAUUUGAUUGAUUAUCAUAAUCGUUUCUCUCCAUAUGGAUACUGACGGGGGAAAAUUGUGUCCAGUCCAAACGGUUGUAUUACGAUGCCACAAAGGGCUGAGACUGGACAUGUCUUCUCAAAAAGGCAACAGUCUUGGACAGAAUUUAGUAUUUGCCGUGUCACAUAACAACUAGAUAGGCCAUUGUAACGCCUAAUUUAACUAUAGUACAUUCUCGUGUCUUCCUGUCAUCGAUUACUAGGUUCGUUUGAAACGAGCACUUGAAAAACUCUUUUCCAAAUUUAUGCUGGAAUCAGUGGCCCCAAAAAGGAGAAGCUAAAUAUUUUCGAAAGCUAUUAAUUAUAUUCUACAAAUCGAAGUGUCGUAUGUUUUUGUGCUAAAUCAUUUUAGUGUUUAAUGGAGUGGUGUUUGGUUUUUCUUUAUUCUAAACAUGACAGGAAUUCUUUCAUCCUGAAGAGUUGAUGCAGAUGGUAGUAGGAUGUCAAGAAUAUGAUUUCAAGGAACUUGAAAAGGUAACAGGUGUUAUUGUGGUGUAACGAUACCGUAAAUGCUCGUGAGCAGUUAGGCUACGGUAUGCUCACAUUGUACCAGAUAUCUUUGCGCCGACACGAAAACUAUUUGGUACAAGGCUUUUGUUCACACAUACGGUCGGUGAUUUUGGUGCGAAUUUCUGUAACGGAGCGAACGUGCGCCGCUCCGAUCGUGCCAACUUUCCUCACUUGCAGCCAAUUGCUGAAUUGCGGAGGAACAAGAGAGGUGAGAUCGGACGUCAGCAUGUAAAGGCGCCCUCUCGCAGCCACGUCAGUCCAUGUGUUGAUCACACCUCGCCCACCCAGACCGAUGUCGGCACAAGUCAGAUAGACCAUGACAUCGGGGCCUACGUCCCCUACUCAUUUCGAACAAUGUCAUGGGUUCUUUUACGUCCUCUUCCAACUGAAGGGGAUCGUCACAUAUCAUACAGGUUUCUGCCACCCUUAGUCGCAGUGUGAACAGGUAUUCGAACCGUAGCGGAAGUAACUGCCUAGGACCCACUGAGACAAUUGAAUAUUCAGAAGUGCGGAUUGGGAUUUAGUACUAGUACUAGUACUAAGUUCGAUGUGUGGGAGAGAUUUGAUCUAGUUCUGCGCCGUUGCCUUUCAUACUCUGGGUUCGCCAGUCUUGAUAAGUCCUUGAAUUUUAGGGGAAAUCCUUGAAUUCCAUUUUUCCUUGAAAAGUCCUUAAAUUUUCUUCAACUUUGAAUGUACUGGCCUGGAAAGAGUAUUUUAAUGUUUUUUGGUUGUCCAAGACAGAAUAUAAAUCAUAGCUCAGAGAAUUUAAAGGUUAUUUACAGAAAGUGCUCUAUGUUUUAUUCAAUAAUUAACUAUCAAUUUAAGACAAGUGAACUGAAAAAUGUAGAGAAGUUGGUGAAGCAAACGGUUCAAGACUUAAAGUCUUAUUAGAAUAGACUGGGAAUGUGCAUUUUUGUAUAACCCUGAUACUGUGCCAGAUAGCUUUUCAUGUCUUCCCAAAAAGCUGUUCGGUAUAGUAUAAAAAUAGCCUUACAUAGAAGGAAAGGGCGAGAGAGGACUGGGAAAGGAUCCUAACGAACGACAACCAGAUGAGCACCCAUAAGGUGAAAUCUGCGUCCAUUUGAAUUUCUUUCAACUGUUGCUUCAUGGUUAAACAGUAGGUUCAGUUGACUUUCUUUUCUCCUUAACCUGUUUUGCAGGUGGCUGAGUACAAGGGAGAAUACUACCGUUAUCAUCCUGUCAUCAGAAACUUCUGGGAAGUGUUCUUUGAAUUUCCUGUUGACAUGAAGAAAAAAUUUCUUGGUAGGUUUAAUAUACGAUCAUCAUAAUCAUCAUCAUCAUCAGCAGCACCAGCAUCGUCACCAACACCACCACCACCAACAUCAUCAUCAUCAUCAUCAUCAUCACCAUCAUCAUCAUCAUCAUCAUUUUCAUCAUCAUCAUCAUCAUCGUCCUCCUCCUCCUCCUCCUCCUCCUCCUCAUUAUUCAAAAUCAGAAGCGUUAUCCAAACUCUAUUCGUAAGAGACAUAGAUGUAUCAAAAGUUUAACACGUCAUCAAUUAUCAAUUUCAGAUGUGGUGAAUAAUUCACAAUUAAGAUGGUAAAUGAAAAAGAAAAAAAAGUUGCAAAUUAAAUUAAAUCAUAUUAUAAGUUAUAAAAAAAAGCAUAGCCUAUAUAUUUGAUGGUACAGUUAAAACAUCGCAAGACCCAAGCAUCAGCUGCAUUUCGUCUAUUGUAGUAUAUGCCUGUGAGAUAUAAACGAGCCUCCUCAUUUGCUAACUUAUCCUCCAAUGUUUGGCAUAUAGUCUGAUAAGUAGAAAAUGGCCGUGAAAGUUACCUACUCGCAAGGCCUUUUAACCACUAACAACUUAGCGUCUGUUUGCAUUUACAGCGUUUUUAACCGGGAGCGAUAGAGUGCCAAUCUUAGGAAUGAAAUCUAUGAAGGUAAUGUUGUGUUCACAGAAGUGUACUUGGAGGAUUUUUUUUAGAUUCAGUUUUUGGUGUUGUUCAGUCCAAGUCUUUUGGGGGCUUAAGCAACAACGACGGCGACGGUUACGAAAACGUCACUCAAAAAGUGAAGUCGCGCUGCUUCAAACUUUAUCGCGCUUAUUCCAUGUCGCUUAAUUUGUCAUAUGUGGGUAACUUUUUUUGGAGUUGAUUUCUGAAGGACUCUAUCAAAGCAGGGUCUGGAAGGGGGGGUCCUGAUCCCGCAUUCCCGUCCCUUUUUCGCGAGAAUCCCGCAUCCCUCACGUUUUUAAUCAGUUUCCCGAAUACCGCUUUUCUUUCUCAGAAAAAUACAUUAAAAAGUCUAAUUUCUGCAAAAGCUAAUAAAUGUAAGGUGUAGGUUGAUCCUUUCGAUUGAUAUUUUGAAUUUACGCGUGUUUUUAAAGGUUUCCGGCAUUCCCGACGGACACGCAAACAUAAAUCCCGCAUCCCGUGCCCAUUUUUUGGCGGGUCCCGCUUCCCGGGGAACAGUCAAAUCCCGGAUCCCGUCAAUAUAUUUAUCGUUUUUCCGAUUCCCGCACCGUAGGUUGGUCAAAUCCGGAAUCCCGAAAAUACCCUUCCAGACCCUGUCAAAGUUCAGGAAAAGAAAAAGAAAGUUGUUGUCUUGUGUUCCCGUCCUCGAUAAAACGUGAAGAUAGGCACUUUCACGUUGUAGUAGUGCAACGACGGCUAAGAAACGUACAAAAAAGCGUGAUGCACGUGCCAAGUUGUUGUUUUGCUAAUCUAACCUAUUGCCUUUUUGCUGUUCCCGUCGUUGCUUAACCUCCCUUUUUUCACUCCCAGAACCAAUCAUGGAGACAUGGUGCGUUCUUCUGCUUCUCAAGGGUAGCAAUGAAAGCUCUCUUGUCGCAUAGGCCCUGCAAAGGAAUGAAACAUACCGUGCGUGAUGUUAGCCUUAUAGAAACUGGUUAAAGCACUUUGUCUUGUGUGUGUUAACACUUACAAGUACGAAGUAACGUCUCAGUAACUUGAAGAUAUACGUCUCUCUCACAAAAAAAUGUCGUAUUAUCCACUCCCCUCGGAACUUUCCAGCGAUAAUUUACAACUUGGGGGGCGGGGGGACUUUUGCCAGACUGCUUAUGGCGCAUAUUAAAAAUACUGCAGUAUGAGAAAUGAUGCCCCCUGUGUGAGUUUGAGUUUGAGAUCAACCACCACACCGGGGACUACGUUCCCUACUCUUUACGAACAGUGUGUAAGUUCUUUAACGUUCCACAGCAUUUAUGUGUGCAAGGUUUGUGAGACGUGGUCUACGGUUUAUCGUCCUUAUCCGAUAAAGUUAAAUUAGGCAAUACAGUGGUGUACCUCUGCCCCGUGAUCAAAAACGUUUUUCACAUAUAUUGCAAGGUAGCAGGGGUCACAAUCUUAUCCCUUCAGUCAUUCCCUCCAACAUGUAUUUGCUAUGUGUUUCCUCACAGAUCAUAAUACAACCAGUUGCUGGUGGCAUGCACGGCGAUCACCUCCCAGUAGCUCACACCUGCUUCAAUCUACUGGAUUUACCGAGAUAUCCCUCCACAGAAAUGAUGAGAACCAAGCUGAGCCAAGCUGUGGAGUACUCAACAGGCUUUGGGCUUGCUUAAUUUUGUUAUCUCGCAAUAUCAAUCCUGUAGCUCAUGAGUCAAGCCCAUGGAAAGAAGAUGAAAAGAAAGAAAUGAAAAUGGACAUGAAAGUAAAGAAGCUGUUGAAAUGUCUUGUGAGAUGAUAUCCUUAUUCCGCAUCAUGUUGCUGACUGUUUUUUUCAUAGCAAAACCAGAUGCUGUCCCAUGGUUAGGCGCAUCACAUUUGUCAUUGAAGGUUUUUCUUCUAUGCCUGCAGCGUGUGUUUGCUCAACCGUAGUGUCUUGAAUAGAAUGGCAUGAUGAGCUGGAAGGGAUGUGAAGAAUGUUAUGUCACAUGUCACACAAGAGAGAAAAGAAAAGCUGUAGCUCCUCUACUCUGACGAGAAAAAAUAUGACAGAAUUUGAGGCUUGGUAAAGAAACCUUCUUUUCCUGCCUAUUUAGCUUCAAAGUAACAACAAAAACAACAUUAACAAAUACCAUCUUAAACUGUACUCUUAGGAAGAAUGGUGGCGUGGAUCGAGAACUAGAAAUAGAUUGGUUAGACUUUUUUUACUAACAAAGAGGGCCAACACCACUGGCCCCCUCUGUGAUGUUGUAAGACGUUGGCCUCCUUGAACGUUAGAGAAGAGCCGCUGUGUUAUUGAACUGUAAAUAUUACCAUGCAAAACCUUAUUUUCUACCCAAGCAUCAACAUUUUCUCCAUAGGGGUGAGCCUUUCUUGCACCCUGGUGGCAUGACAAGGACGACAUGCAGACGCUCAGAGCAUGUGUCUGGAAGUGUCUCUGCUUUCAGCCGAAAACAAUAUAACGUUUUUUUUUUCUGGGAAGACCAAAAAGGAUACAUUUGUAAUUAUUGAGUGACACCUUAUCUCUGCUUUGACCAGGAGGUAUGAAAAUGUAUAAAAUAAAUGGGAAUUUUUCAGAAUAUAUCCCUACAAACCAUAGUUUAUAGAGGAGCCUGGUUUUGAAAGCCGGCAAACGUCAACGUUGAAAACAACGGUGCUGUAGUCUAUGUUGGAAGCUCCCUGACCGUGCACAAUCUUCUCAAUGUUCUUUGUUCACAAAUUGUGACUGAAUAAAUUAAUGCGAUGUUUUUAUUAGUAGUCAGUAAGUUCAAAAUGAUAGGAAUGCUAUUGAACGUUGUGCACGGUAAAGUCCAAAAAAGCUAACAAAAACAUAUUACAAAGGGCCGGAGUCUAACGGGUUCCAUAACCAUUCCACUUUAAUAAGUAUCUGUAGACUUCUUGUUGAAAGUUUUACCUCUGUUGUUUUUCACUCUGCCAAAACGAAGCAGCCAUAAUCUCUACGGGGGCAAUAAAAAAGCGGAUCAAUUUAGGUUUCCGGGAAACUGCCCA